AUCCGUAUCAGACCGGAUGAUGAGUGGAAGACGACCUUUAAAAUUCGGGAGGGGUUAUACGAGUGGAUGGUUAUGCCUUUCGGUUUGUCCAAUGCACCUAGUACAUUCAUGCGGGUGAUGAACCAAACACUCCGGGACCUUAUUGGUAAGUGUGUUGUCAUAUAUUUCGAUGAUAUUCUUAUUUAUAGCUGUACUCUUGAGGAUCAUUUGCUGCAUUUGCGUGUUGUCUUGCUUAUUCUUCGCACUGAGUCUUUUUAUGCGGCCCCUCAGAAGUGUGUUUUCUUGGUGGAUUCGGUGUUGUUUUUGGGGUUUGUUAUUUCUGCUGCAGGUGUUCGCGUGGAUGAGAGUGAGGUGGCGGCCAUUCGUGACUGGCCCACUCCUACCUCGUUCACGGAGGCCCGGAGUUUCCAUGGACUGGCGUCCUUUUAUAGAUGGUUUAUUGCCCAUUUCAGUUCUAUUGUGGCCCCCAUUACAGACUGUCUUACUGGGAAGUCCUUUAUUUGGACUCCUCAAGCAACUGAGGCUUUUGUUCUUAUUAAGAAGAAACUCACAUCGACUCCCGUGCUCGUUCUUCCCGAUUUCUCGCGACCUUUUGAGCUCUCUGCUGAUGCUUCUAAGGUUGGUAUUGGCAAAGUGUUGAGCCAGGAGGCACGCCCA